AACAAACAAACCCGCAAGCGAUCAGCUUUUCCUUAUAGCCGCUGUUUGUCGACCUGUGGUGAUAGUUUGUAAACGGGCCUGCAGGAGUGUUGCAGUACUCCUCGGUAGCUGCAUACAUUGCCUUGCCUUUUUUGCCUCCUUGUGGCUGGACUGGUGGAUUAUGGUCUCGCCUCAUAUCUCACUGCUACACGGAUUUUACUCAGUCUGCCGGAUUUAACUCAGUGGCAUGACUGUCGUUGUCCCAUGUAUCCCCACAAUCACCGCUUUACUUUAUUUUCAUUGGAAGUUAGUUUGGUGUGGAAACCCAAGGGAACAGGCACACUACACAAUCGCACAACACAUUUUAAAUGCAUUCAUGAAAGGCAGCAUGUACAAAAAAUAUUGACAACAUGAAUUCUACUGGUUGAGAAAAACAACCACUUGUCCUUCACUUAUGAUAAGCCCCCACUCCACUCCACAGACCUGGCUUGUAUUAAAGUUUUCUCUCCUUUAGUGAUGUAUGUUAACCCCGCUCUUAAGACUCAUCCCAGAUGUGAUGGUAUUGGUUAUCAGUGGCCUGGCAUCAGACAUUAAGAUGGAACUAUGGAAAAGAUCGCCUGUCAUUAACCUGCUCCCACACCAUUGAUGUGCAGUGAGCAAAAAUCACCUAUCCACUGCUGCAGGUGCUUACUUAAAGGCAGUGUAAAGUCUGCUGCAAUGUAGACUGACUAAAUCCUUGACUAAAACUACAGAUGUCAUUAACAACUAAUCACGUUGUCUGCAGCUGAGCUGUUGGUUAGUUGUGUUAUUCUAUAUUACCAUUUAAGGAUCUAUAUUUUUUAAACAUUUAUUUAUUUCCUUCUUUUCUCCUAUUACGUUAUUCUUCUUUACAUCUGGUAGGGGCGUGUAUCUGUGCAAUUCACUUUCUCUUAAAUUACUUUUAAGCGUAACAUAGCUAACACAAAUAAUGCAAGAAAAAAAAAAACAGUCACAUUGAGGGAAAUCUGUUGUGUUUACUUGUGGCCUCCAAAUAUUGAUUGUCUCUGAUUUUGGCAUUGAUGUCAUCAUUGAUGACUUUGAUAGGAAGGCUCUAUAUAGAAGACAUGCACCAAUCCAGUUUUGCACUGCAUAACAGUUUGUCCCUAAAAUUAGAGAGCCAUUGUAGCCAAAGGGAGUAAACAGCAAAUGUUCAGUAGUUUGUAGCUGCAGUUUUACCAACUACUUUUCUUUGGCGCUUUGCAAAGGUUUUUGACUCAACUACAAAAAUUGUCAGGAAUGAAAAGCUAUAAUGAUGCUUUCUCUCACUGUUGCUGUGUUUGAUGUAAUAAUUGUUGGGAUGCUUUUACUGCGCUUCUCGGAACAUAACCUGUUGCACAUGUGAAAACUUAGUUUGUCAAAAGUACUUGCAUAAUGAUCAGGUACAAAGUCUGUACAGACAGUGUACAGAUUGGUUAAAUUAUUCCACGGUGCAAAAUGAUUUUACAGUGACACUAAAGUCACUUAAAGUGCAGAGGGCUAAUGUAACCAGUUAAAUUAAGCGCAAGGGGACAGCAGAGCAUCAAUUAUGGUACUCAACUUUAGUCCCUUAUCUGAUGCAAUUAAAGGUGAGCAGAGGAGUCUAAUCUUGUCCCCUGAGGAGACAGAAGAUCUUCAUGAGCUGCUCUAUGCCACCAACCUGCUACUGAGCAUGGUUUAUUGCGAUCAUGUUUAGGGGGUAGGAGGAUGAUUUAUGGCAGUUUGCACCGGUCGAGGUCCAUCUGUGUGCUGUCUUUACCAGAAAGUCAACGGCAGAUCCAGCUUCCUUCUCCAACUUUCCAAGCCAUACGUCGUCUUUCUUCUGAAUGCUGCCUUACCAGCACAGCACUGCAACUUGUGGACUGGACUUGGAGAUUGUCAUAAUAAAAAUACCACACCUGUGUAGCAUGAUUUUCAAAGUUGUGUGCAUACGUUUUAUUGUGAAUUAUGGAACUGAAGCCUCUGGCAGAACGGGCAAAGACAUGAAAACGCAUCAGUUUUUGGGUUACAAUCCGAUAUUGUGUAUGCUUGUAUUGGCGUUUUAGUCUUUGUUUUAUAACAGAAUCUUUCAGGAGAAGAUUCGUGUGACAGAUUGACUUUAGUUCGACCUUAUUGGGUACUAAUCAUGGGUCUUGUUAGAAACAUCUAGAUGUUGGACGACUAGAGUGCAUGUUCCGUGUCUCUAUCCACAGAUCAUGGACAUGAAAAGGAUAGAGGAGAACAAGAUAAGAUAAGCUGCUUUGGAAGAUCUAUUAACCUUAUUCUUUUAAUAUUAGCACCUCCUUUCUAUUUUGUUGUUGUUGUCUCCUGUGUCUCUAUUGUUUAAAUCCUUUGUUUUCUCUGUUUCUCUGUUUUUGAUGCUUUUGUUUCCACCUUUCCUUCUUACUAGUGAAGACCUGAAGAUGAUACUAACAGAAUGAGUCCGUAUGAAUGAAUGAAUCCUCGGGAAGCAGAAUCUGCAAAUUAAGAAAAUGCCUCCCGGAUGAUGGAUUUCAUCUUUCCAAGAUUCUGAGGACCACAACUCAUUAACCUUUUUUCUUUGUUUUCUUUAUUUUUAACUUCCCAGCUUUCCAUUGCCAUCGAAGCGUUACAUCCCUUUUCUUGCACCAGGGCCCCAACAGAGCCCCCUACUUGGUGGGCUCCCAGGGAGCUCUUUACUGAUCGGACAGCAAGCUGCAUGCUUGCGGCUAGCUCAGCUGAAAGCCCACCUUGCGUUGACACAGAUAAAUAAUGCUGUUGCUGUUGGUGGCCGAACCAACACACCUGCCCCAUUUAUACCCACAACACCCCCAUGCCCGACUGCUGCAGCCAUCAGUCUACUAAACCUUCUGAAGGUUGCUAACAACAUGUCCCAUCCCUUAUAUAACCCCUAUGCCUCUGGGAAUCAAAGUUCAUCCCAGGGGCGCUAUGGACAGUCCAGUAUGCAGGCAGAGAGAGACUCUCAUAAGACAUCUCCUCAUCUUGGGCCUGGGUCCAGCUUAAGCUCUUCUGGAGUUUCAUCUGCAACUCCUGCAAAAUCUGGAGGGAUAAUCCCAUCACUGCAAACUAUGCCAAUGAGCUACAGGCCAGAAGGGAGUAAGACUUCAAUGGAAGAGGACAUAAAGAGGUCCAUAGACAUGCAUAUAAGCAGAGCCAGAGAGGAGGUGAGAAAUCAGCCUUUAAAAAAGAACAGUCAAUUUACCAGCACUCGAAGAGAUGAGUAUGAUUCUUCAGGCAAAGAUGUGACUUCCUACGUGUUGUCCUCAACCUCUCAAAGACCCCCUGAUGUUGCAAGUAGCACUAGCUCCAUGGACUGGUUGCCAAGUUACAAACGGGAAACUGAGGAUGAUUCGUCUAAAUACUGUUCAUCAUCUGCUUCAUUGAGCUAUCAAAGCACUGGUGACGGUAGGUUUAAUGCCUCGAAUGAAAGAGAGCGCAAUGUGCAAUCCAUUCCAGGCUUAGGUGAUUAUGACUACCCAGUGCCAGACAAACCUGUGGGCUCUGCAGAGUCUACUCAUCCCAAGUACACUUCGGAAACAGCUGUGAACAUCCUUAUGCAGUUUGGACUUGAAAAAGAGGACCUGGAACAUCUGAUCUCAUACCCCGAAGAUCAAAUGACUCCUGACAACCUGCCUUUUAUCUUACGACAAAUCCGCAUGGAAAAGGCAAAGAGAUCUGCAACAGCAGGUCCAUCAAAAUCCUACUAUGAUCCUCAUUCCACCACAAGUAUGAGUGGAAGGGAAAGGUUGAGUACUUCAAGAGGGGAAGGGAUGCGUCAGGAUGAAUUGUCACCUAUUGUCCAACCAAGUAAAGUGAUUGAUUAUGGACAUACUGGCAAAUAUACUGGGAGCUUUGGGGAUGAGAUUGGAAGGAGCAGCAGUGGAGCCAGUAGUGGUGGAAGUACGCUGCUGAUGGGCUCCUAUGAUAGUAGCGGUCUCAGUCGAGAACCACUGCAAAAAAGUGUGACAGAGGUGAAAAACAGCACGUUGGUUUCUUCCUGUGAUCAAGGCAGCUCUUUUACCAGUCAUGGCUCAAUGCGAAGCAGCGGUCCAGCUCAACAACUGCCCACACAACCAAACCAGUCAUCUCAAGAAAUCUUCAAAGGUUUCUCUCUGCCCAAAACAGACACAGACAUAAGACCUCUUAAAGCAGAAGUCACUAAAGCCCUUUCUUUGAAAGAUCCAGAGCCAGAUCGCCAGUCAGCAUCAAAAAGCCAACUAACUCCUAAUAUAGUUCGUAGUGUGCAUCCAAGCCGACCUGGCCUUGUACUCAUUGGCAGCAGCAGCAGCGACAGUCACAUCAAAGAAAAGAGCAAGACUCACGGGCAAGUACCAAAUGUUUCUGAGCAGAUGAACAAACAGCAAAUGCAGCAGAAGCAGGUACAACAGCAACAGGUGAAACAGAGAAUGCAACCACCACCACCAAAGCAGCAGAUGCAGCAACAGUUGAAGCAACAGCAGACGCAACAGCAACAAAUGAAGCAGCAGCAGACGCAACAACAACAACUGAAGCAGCAGCAGACGCAACAGCAGCAACUGAAGCAGCAGCAGCAGACGCAACAGCAACAAAUGAAGCAGCAGCAGACGCAACAGCAGCAACUGAAGCAGCAGCAGACGCCCCAGGUACCUAACCUGCCGAUCGCGUUGCAGCAGAUGCAGAAUCAGCCAGCUGUGCAUAUGGGACAAGUUUUGCAGUCUCAAGUUUUUUCGGCUGCAAAGCCAGUUCCACAGCCGUCCCUCAUGCCAGGGCUCACGAUGCCCGUUCCUCCGGGUCUCUCUCCGCUAAUGCAGAACCUCAUGAAUUUCAUUCAUAUACCGCAGCCCGCUUCCACCAAGCAGCUUCCAGCAAAGGUAGAAGUGACAAGGAAUAUCCCAGUGCUGGCCCAGAUGCAAGACUACACUGCCGCUUCACCUAGAGUCUUUCCUCAUACCUGCUCUCUAUGUAACAAGGAAUGUAAUCAGAUGAAGGAUUGGAUCUCCCACCAGUAUACCAGCCUUCACAUUGAGAACUGCAGACUUCUGCGAAAGCGAUACCCAGAAUGGAACGGUGAAAUAGCAUCACUGCUAGGUGCGUCAGGUACCAAGCCCUCUCCCUCAACUUCUGCUGAGACUUCCCAGAAGAAAACCAGACAUGAGAGUCGUUCCCGUUCCUGCAGCCCCCGGAGCCAUCGUGACUCGGAGCGUAGCAGGGACUUGCGAAGUAGCCGUUCCCACUCUCGCAGCCCCCGCACUCAUCGUCAUUCGGAGCGAAGAAGAAAUAGUCGAAGUAGCCGUUCCCGCUCCGGCAGCUCACGUCGCCGCCAUGAGUCGGAGCGUAGGAGGGACAGACGAAGUAGUCAUUCCCGCUCCGGCAGCCCACUUCGCCGCCAUGAGUCGGAGCGUAGGAGGGACAGACGAAGUAGCCGUUCCCGCUCCGGCAGCCCACGUCGCCGCCGUGACUUGGAGCGUAGGAGGUACAGACGAAGUAGUCACUCCCGUUCUCGAUCACGCAGCCCCCGAAGGGAGAGACACAGAAGCCGAUCACGAUCUCCGUACAGCGCCAGAUGUAAUCGCAGGUCCCGGUCUCAUUCUGACUCCUCAUGGUAUGACCGUCCUUCCUCUUCCCGAUAUCGAUCACGGUCAAGGAGCCAUGAGAGGCGACCCUCACCGAAAAGAAGAGAUAAGAAACGUUCACCACCGAGGAGAAGCUGGGAGAGGCGGUCGUUGGCGAAGAGGUCAUCUCCUAGGCGAAAUACGUCGAGCAGCUCAAAGAUCUUGGCAAAGAAACUGCUGGAAACAUCAGCCCUCCAGUCCUUAUCAAAACAGUCUGACCUGGAGACUGUCGUCAAAACUUUGACUCCUGCCCUGCUGGCUGAGCUAGCCAAGAUGAAGUCAUCCCGAUCAACAUCAUCAUCGUCCUCACGUUCUGCAUCUCCAGAAACAACUAAAGGGAGGCCUAGCACAGAGAAGACCAAGGCUGGUAAAUCUUCCCCUCCAACCAUGGUGAGGCUACAAGGGAUUGUCAGUAGUCUCUCUCACAGUGAAGUGAUUUCUGCUGUGGAGAAAUUCGGAAAAACCAAGUCAGUUGUUUUGUUUAGGUCAAAAUUACAGGCAGUUGUGUGUUUCGAGAAACAGGAAGAUGCUGAGAAACUGAAGAGCUUAAAGAACUUUGACAUAAAAGAAGUAACUGUCAGUGUUGUUAAUGAAAAGGAAAUUGCAUCCAAGAAAACCACAAAAAGCAAACUGGAAACUACAGCAAAAGUCUCGGUUUCCAAAGCGAAAAACAUCUCAGCUGAGCAGAAAGCUAAAACUGUAAAAACAGGUGAUAAGGCUGAAGAAGCAGUUGAAAGUGUAGAAACGGUCACAAAGGACAAAGUCCCUGUGACUGCAAAGAAGAUCUCAAAGUAUCCGGACGCUCCUACCCACCCAACAUUUGGGGAACGGAUAGAAAAGCAACUGUGUCCAGAAAGAAUCCGUUGUCUCAAGACAGUCAGACUUUGCAAUUCAAAGCUUGUUUCUCUUAAUUACAAGGUGCUGUUAAUAAGCAACCUGCCUAAGUAUCAUGAUGGCUGUUAUGCAGAGGAGGACAUCGCCAGUCUGCUCACUCCACACAGAUUUGAAUAUUAUCACGACACGAUCUACGUUAUACCACAGGCGCGCAUGGCUUUUGCCCUCAUGCCGACAGUAAUGGCAGCCAAAAACAUCAUGCUAGUAUCAGAAAGACAUAAAUUUAUUCUCAAUGGGUCUAAACUUCGACUGCAGGUUGUGAAGAGCAGGAAUAUCAAGACCCCGCUUGAGUUUUAUAAGUAUCUGAUGAAUCGGCUGUGUUAUGUUAUGAAGGAAGAGACAGAUAUUGGAGCACGGACAAUCUACAUCAGGAACAUCUCACCAGGCGAGUCCCGGGACCUCAGAGAAGCUUUGGGAAAAAUCGGUACUGUAAGAAACUACCUGCCUCUUCUCAACAAGGUGUUAAUUGAAUUUGAGUCUCUGUGUGAUGCUGAUCGCCUUGGUGUUUGGUACAGCCUUCUAAAACGGGCCACUGGCCACAAAUUGUCAAGGGUGGAAAUACCACACAGUGGAUUUACGUCACUGCCACCAAGAUUGCCACACAAAGCUUUGCCAGACAGCGAGGUUGCUGUUGAUGGUGCAACUGUCCCAACAGAAGAUAUUACCAUCCCACAACGCAGCACUUCACCAUAUUGGAUCACAAUGACAACUAGUCCCUUUGUUUUCCCCACUGUCUCUCCUUGGUUCACAAUCCCAGAGUAUUUUACUGUCAGUGAACCUGAUGACAUUGAGAAAGCCCAAUCUCAGGGUUCUAUGUUCUCCACGAUCAUGUUGACCGGUUUGCCAGAAGGAAACUACAGACAGGAGGAUGUCGCCAAGCUGGUGUGGCGUUACUUCCCUGAUCAGACUGUUCAGACUCUGUACUACAACAUAAUCGUUUUAUCACUGCAGAGGAGGGCCUUUGUAUUUUUUAACAGCUGGGAUGCGUGCUGCGAUUUCGCCAGAGAUUACCUCAAAGAUCCAGUUACUGUUGGAGAGUGGACGCUCAAAAUCCACGUUGUUUUACAAGACAUGCGUCCUGGUUCAAGUGAGGAGAACAUGUACAGAAGCAUGAUGAAAUGGAGCAGCACUCAUGUUCCAGAGUCUGAGUCUCUGGAGGACCGGCUGCUGAGUGUGGAGGUCUCCGAGGUGAAUGUGGACCUUCUCGUGAAGAUCAUGAAAGUGGUGGCUUCCAUUGCUGCUUUUGUCAGAUUUUUGCCGCUUGGCAACAGGAUAUGCAUUGAGAUGGCUGAACCUGGUGGAUUAACACAGGUGAUGGAGAGCAAUGUCGCCAAGGACUAUUUCUCUUCUUGGAGUAAAGUCGGACGUAUUGAGUCUUUGAAGAGCCUGAAACAGCGUCUGCAAGACUCGGGUGAGAACACAGUUAACCUCGAACUGGAAAGCGAGAAGGCCACAGAAUCGACCGUUGCCCCUCAGCCAAGUGAGGAAGGCCAGAAAGCAGCAGUGAAGGAAGAGGGGCCACCACAAACUUUGGUCACUGCUCCUGAUGCAAACGCCGCCCCCGCCGCUUCUAGCGAUGCUCCUUCGGCAACAAGCCCAGUCAAGUCUGAGGAAAAAGACUCAGAACUUCCUCACAUCAAUGAGGACAUUUUCAUGGCCAUUACAGCUGCGGUUCGUGAGCAUAGACAGGGUCGAGGAUGCAGGGCACAGAGCAAGGAAAGAGAGAGCAAAAGCUGCAGCCCUAGUAGGGCACAGGAUGAAGACGCACCAAACGAAAAGGUUCAAGUUGAUAAUUUAGAGAAGAAAGUUUCUUCAAAGAGCCGCCCUUUUGGUGAGCCGGAUUUCAAUUUGGACCACUUUGUCACUGUUGAUGAAAUUAACGAGGACGCAGCAGACGCAGACCCCAAUGAUGAAAGCGACUCUUCAACUAAGCCAAAGUCCACAGAGAAUACGGAAAGGCAAAGCUCAGAUGCGUCUCCUGCUUCCAAACGAACCUCAGCAAGGUCCUCCAAAGACUCCAGCAGCUCAGCCUCUUCCUCAUUAGAGCCCACGAAAUCUUCUGAGAAAAGCAGUUCAACCUCCUCACCACGAAAAAGUAAAGACUCAUUUGAAUCCACCAAACCCGAAUCCUCUGUGAGUGUCAGUAAGCCUGUUUCCUUUUCUGGUGAGAAAACGCAGCCAAGCAAACCUCCAGACAAAUCGUCGCAUUCUUUGUCCUCGGGUUAUAGGACCCGUUCAUCAAAGAUGGCAUCAACCGCUGCUGCAGAGCUAACGGAGGAAAGUGCAGCAACAAAGUCUGACCUCAAAGUGUCAGCAAAGGAAAAUCAAACUAAAAUGGAAACAUCAUCAGAGACACAGCCACCUGCAGAGGGAGAGGGAUUAGGGAUGAAGAGCCAAACACAGACUCUGGAGGCUGAAUGUAAGGAUGACGCAGACAAAGAGUCAAAGAAAAGCAAAGGAGAAGAUGGGGAAAAAGACAAUGCGGGGAAAUAUCCACAGGAGGAGGAAGAUGAUGGUGAAAGUUACCAGAUCCUUGAUUCGAACGAGGAGCCAACAGAUGAACAGAUAGAUGAAGACACAAACCAAGAGACUAAAACAGAGUCAUCAGGGCCUGAGCAAACCCAGAGUUUGCAUGAGGGGGAUAGUCAGGUCUUGGACAGCAUUGAUGAUAAAGGCUCAGAGGAGUCCAGUAAAACUGAAACGGAUGCUUCUCUCUAUAUGAUAGACAGCGUUAGUGAAGACCAAGCCAGUACAGUCCAAGAGGACAGUCAUCUGGUCAAAGAUGAAGGUGCCACAGCAAAGCAGCUGUCUGAGGAAAAAAUUCAAGAUACCAAUGCUGAACCAGAUGCAGCUGAUAAAAAAGAAGGGUUGGAUCCAAGCAUGAACCAAACUCCAAGGUCCAGUGCAGAUGGAAAAGAAAUGAAUGAGGAGAUGCUCUCAGAAAAAUCAAACAAAGCUUCCAAAUCAUUUUGCCAAACUCCAAAUAAUGAAGAACAAGAAAACAAAGGCAGUUCAGCAGAUGUUACUAAACAGAAAGCCUCUGAGAAGUUAGAUUCAGUCAAUGAUCACACCGGAGGAGAAGAUGACAGGAAGGAACGUAAUACUCAGAGCCAGGAGGUAUCUAAAGCAGUCACUGAAGGAACUGAAGAAGAGGAAGAAGCUUACCAGAUAAUUGAUUCUGUGAAAGAAGAGCCAGCGACCACAGAGACCGAGGCAGAGGCUGAGAACAAGGAGGAAAAAACCAAGAAAGACGCUGAAGUGGCUAAACGAGCUGAAAGACCAACAAGGAGGGGUGGACCAAGAACCAGAACAUCUAAAAGAGAGGAGAAAGAGACACAGGAGGAGAUGAUCUUUGAGGUAGUGGAUUGUGUUGAAGAUGAAUUUGUUCAACAUGUCUCCACCACAGAGAGGCCUGGUAGAAGGAGGUCGGCCAGAGGAAACAAAGAAGAUAAAAUGACGCCAACUUCCACAGUUGCAUGUAUAAAACCCGUCAGGGAAGAGGAAUCUACGUCCGAGAUCCCAGACUCAGUGGAGGGUAAGGCUGCCAUGAACGAACAAACCAUCACAACAAGGUCAACCAGAGGAAGAAGAGAAACUAAAGAAGACGUCUCAAAAAAAGACAAGACACCAACGAGAAGGAGGCCGACACCUGCCAGAGAUUCUCAGGAACCAAAGAAGGAGGAACCUCUGCAGACUGAAGAGAAAGGCCCCAUGAAAGAGAGCACACCAACAAAGAAGAGCGAGGAGAAUGCCACCUUUACAAUAGUAGACCCAGUGCAGGAUGAAAUUAUUAAGGAUGAACUGGCCAAAACUCCAGAAAAAAGAAGAAGGGGAAGACCAAAGAAGGACACUAAAGUAACUAAAAAACAAGCUGCCUUAAAGAAUGCUGCAUCUAGUAAAGUGGCUGAUGAAGAGGAGGCCAUUUAUCAGAUUGUUGACUCGGCUGAGGAUGAGACGGCUGACAAUGAGCCUCUCAAAGACCAGAGUACAGAAGAGCCAACAGUGCCUAAAGACGAUAAAGACUCAGCAUCGCCAAAAAAUGCAGAUGAGGAGGAGGAAGAGCCGUUGUAUCAGAUUGUAGAUUCUCUAGAAGACGAUCAAGUCCGAGAAGACCCAACAAAUGCACAAACAUCAGACAGAGAGACAAAGGAGCGAGAGACACUCGGUAAAAAAGAAGACUCUCUCACAUGCGGCGCUAUGGCUGCGGAAGUGGUCGAUAAAGAGGAGUGUUUGGAUCACACUGCUGAGGUUAGUAAUGCUCUAUCUGCUGAAGACGGGUCUGGUACAGCAACAAAGGAAGAGAAGCCAAAAACAGAUACUAAAGAGGCCACUGGGUCCCAAAGUGAUGCUGCUGCAGUACCAGAAGAAAAGACAAAUCUGGAGGAAGACACCCAGGAGCUGGUUACUCUGGAUGAGGUGGGAGCAGAUGAUGCUGGGGAGGAAAGAGCAGUGGAGGGUCAGGACUGGAGCAGGGAGAUCACCAAGGGAGAACCUGCAGAGCUCAUCACUCUGGAUGAGGUUGUUGAAAAUGAUGAGGAGUGGGAAAGGACAGUGGAGCCCCGCCCACCAACACAGGAGAGCCAAUCAGUGGAGGCCGCAGACAUAGAGACUUUGGCGACAGCAGCUGAGGUAGAAGAGGAAGCAGAGAAGACAUCAGGAUCUGCUAAACGCAAACAUGAUGAAACAGAGGAGAGCGUCAACUUUGUGACGGUGGACGAGGUGGGAGAGACUGAGGAGAAGGAGGCGGUCAUUACCAGGACAAGAGGUCGACCCAGGAAGAGAACCAGGCAGACCCCCGUAAGAAAAUCUGCUAGAGGGAAACCAGAGAGCACAAAAGAUGAGACAGAAGAAGAGGAAAAAACAGAACCACUGCCUCCAGCUUCUGUUAAUCCCACUUUAUCACAGGACCGAGACUCAUCUGUGCCGCCAGGUGACGGCCAGGCAGAGAGCCAGAGGACCGAGGAGGAAGCAGCGACCCAGCCCGAUGCUGCACCUGCCCCUGCUGGACCGCAGCAAGAGCCCAAGUGUCCUGAUAAGGAGACACAGGAGGGAGAGGAGAAGGAUGGAUGGAGCACGGCCGACAUUAAAGUUGUGGGUAAACGCAGGAGGGAGCUUGUCGGACCUGAGGCAAAGCGAUCUCGCUCUCAGUCUCCAUGUGUUGUAGCAGAUUUCAGACUGCCUCAGUUCAACCCCAACAGCCCCCUCGGUCAGGAGUUUGUGGCCCCUAAAUCAGGAUUUUUCUGUAACAUCUGCUCUGUUUUCUACCUGAAUGAGAAGACCGCCAAGGAACUCCACUGCUGCAGCCAGAAACACUAUGACAACCUGCAGAAAUAUUAUGAGAAACGUCGACAAAGAGCUUCAAAAACGUUGUCUCAGACGUCUCCAGGCUCCGUUUCUGACUGAUGGACCUGAUCUACUGAUUAUUUUAACACAUAACUGUAGAGAACAAGCCAAUGUUAUUGAUCCUACUAGUUCAGAAACUAAUCGCCAUGUGACACCUUUUGUUGUAAAUUAUGUCUUCAUUCAUGAAUUGUCUCGCAGCCUUUCAGUUAGUGCUUCUGGUUUUGUUUGUACAAGCUGGUGAAUAUCACAGUUUUAAAUUUGUGUUAUUAUUUUAUCUUUUAUGUGAAAAUAUUAUUGAAAAAUGAAUUAAUUUAGUUAACAGGUCAUCAGGAGGUUCCCGACAGGUGUUGAUAGUUUAUUAAAUCUUUUUUGCUCA